GACAGGGUGGCCGCGCUGCGGCGGCGGCUGGGGCCGGGCGGGCACGUCGCGAGCACAGCAGCGGCGGAGCUGGGCGCCGCGCUGGAGAAGCUGCACGGGAUGCCCCCGUUCAGGGGGUUGGGCGGCCUGAACUCUUCGAGCCACCGGUAUGGCACUGGACGCCUGCUGGGUGACGCGGCCACGAUAACUGGCUAUCAGAAGGGCAUGCUCCUGCUCGGGAGGCCCGUGCAGAUCCUGGACGUGCCCUCGCUUCAGCUUCCAGCACCCGGCGUCGACUGGCAAUGGGCUGCAUACAAUCCAUCGUUCGUGCUUGUGCGUUGGAGGGGCAAGAGCGUCAUCUUGGUCGCAUACAGGAUGAGCACGUGGAACCUGUGCACCUGGGCAGGAGACGGAUCGCCGCUAGAACGCCUUCCCGUUGUCAAGGGGAAGAGGCGGACGACGAGCAAGGUGGUCGCAGCAAUCCUUCGCCCCGACUUUGCAGUCGUCGUCCCUCCGCGCCCAGUCGUGGGCACAAACUACAGUUCACCCGUUGCACCCACCACAGCGGCAUGGUCCGCAUGGGCGUCGACGAUGCCAGGCUGUUCUCGAUCGGCCUGGAGCCCUUCAUGCUCUACGCGGCAGUUGCUCCGGAGGGCCACCAUUCCUACUGCUUUCACAACAUGA